AUGUGUUUCCGCCAGGUGGUGGAGCGCAUACGCCAUUUCAUGAAGGAGCCCAUCUCGGUCGAGGUCAAGGUCCACCGAAAUAGCACACUGCAGUUCCCGGCGGUGACCGUGUGCAACAAGAACUGGUUCAACCUGACGCGGGCUCGUCGCCUGCUGAACGCCGUGUUCCCCCGCAACAACUGCUCCGAUGACGAGAUGCUGGCCGACGAUGUGGAGGCGGACACCAACUGCACGGUGGCCAACACUAUCGGCCAUCACCUGGCUGACAAAGGCGCUGCGCUGGGGGAAAGCGGACCUGAACCUGCUGGCGAGGGCUAUGCGCUGGACGGCCAGGACGCUGUCCUCGACGCGAGCGCAGUCUGGAGGCUGGCCGCGCACAACUUCUCCGUGCUCAUUCAGGAGUGCUACUUCGGACGCAACGUUACCUGCGAUCGGGCUGGUCGGUGGACCGAGGUCGUCACAGAAAUGGGGAUAUGUCAGACCUUCCAAACCAAUGAGCCUGUCAAGACCAGUGGCCAUUUUAAUCAUCUCUACUUGGUGCUCAACGAUAAGCAACAGAAGUUCAGAGGCGAGGAAGGGUUCCGCGUGCUGAUCCACGACCCGGCCGACGACCCGCGUCUGAUGGUGCGCACGCACGGCAGCUCCAUAGUGCAGCGGCACGGCCGGGACGUCAGGAUGGUGCUCAAGGAGGUAGGUCUCAGGCACCGCUGGAUGGUGCUCAAGGAGUUCAAGGCAAUACCCAGCCGGGAGUACUUCUGCAAAGACCGCGAGGACAAGUACUCCCACAUUGGAUGCGAAGCCAACUGUUUCAACCGCAUUCUGCACAGCGAAGUGGGCUGUCUGCUGCCCUUCAUGACCCACACCCCGGGCCUACAGGGUGCUGCCAUCUGCAACACCACCAAGCAGUACCGCAACGCCAUCUUGCACAAGCAGUACCUGCUGCACAGCGGCGGCUGGAACGCGCAGGACAACUGCACGUGCGAGCGCAAGUGUCACGAGUUCGAGUAUCUGCUGUUCGCCGAGACGGGCGAGAUCAGCGACUCGCGCGCGCGUCUCCGUGUCUUCUAUCAGGAUCUCUACUACGAGAACGUGGUGGAGUCGCUGGCAUACCCGAUGAUUCCGCUGCUCUGUGACCUGGGCGGCGCGCUGGGCUUGAUGCUGGGCGCCUCCCUCCUCACCUUCUUCGAGAUCGUGGAGGCGGCGACGAUGUACGCCUACCAGUGGCACCGGUGUCGACAGAAGAAGAAGAAGGUGAGACCUGGCCGAUGUAUGCUACCACUGGUACCGAUGUCGACAGAAGAAGGUGAGGCUUGGCAGGUGUACGACUACUAG